GCAUAAUUUGGAUUGGGUUUUCGUGUUUGUGGAAUGGUAGCUGGUCAAAAGUUCUCUAUUUUUAGUGUUUUGAUGCGUUGUGAUGGUGUAAUUGGACAAUGCGGUGCAAUUGGGUGUGUUUAGGGUUUGGAUUUAUGAGUAUCCUAAUUUGGUUUCAGUUUAAUUCUGCUCAAUUAUUGGUUUUUUUUUUUUUGUACUGUGGUUUCACAUUCGUGAGAAUUUUGCCUAGUGUAGCUAUAAUUCUAGGAAGCUUUGCUCUUCUUGGUUCUAGGGUUUGCUAUAUUGAUGAACUUAGUUGAUGCCCAUGCAAUUUAGUUUUUUAUUUUUCAUUUUUUUAAGGACCAUUUCUUUUCUAAUUCUUUGUGAUGCAAUUAUCAGAAAUAGGGUUUGGCAAAGUGAUUCUUCUGGCAAAGAAAGGAAUCAAUUUGACUUUUAUUUCCCGAAUCUUAAUUUCCUAUCAUUAUUAGUUGAAAGGGACCAAACACUUUAUCUCCCUCCUGGUUUUGUCUCCACAUAAUAGACAAAUUGAAUAGUAUCAUGUAGCUUCUCUGUAGUUCCCAGCAAAAUUUGAGGCUGUUUUUUGAUGUAAUAUAGAUCUCCUAAGUCUUAACACUCUUUCUCUAAUCCAAGAUGUGCACUUUUGUUCAUAGAUUUAGGAUUUUGGGCAAUUACCAAAUCAUCCCUUUUGUGUUUUAAUUGGUUAUUUUGCUAAACUGUAUUAGUGAUUUACAAUAAUUUCCACUUAGAUUCAGUCCAUUUUUUUCAAUUAAUGUUUUAAGAUCCAAUCUUGUUUAACAAGCUAUAGAUCUAGAUAUGCCAGAAUUUUGCAUAUAGGUUUGUAUGAAGAAAUCUUUAGUUAUCGUGGGUAAUAUAAAAUUUAUAUGGUUUAAGAGGAUGGCAUUAUUUAUUCAUAAUUAAUCUCUUUCUUUAAUGGGAUUAUGUCAGGGUAAAGAAGAUUAUUUUUUUGCAUAUUUUAUCCAUGCCAUUUAGGUUCUGACGAAUGGCAUAGAAGUGAAGCUGCAGAGGAAUGCUCUUAGUGUUAUUGAAGCCCCCACGGGCCAUGAGGACGAUGACGAGCUUGUGUGCGAAAAUAUUCAAUGGAAUGCCUCGGAUUUAGCGUCGGAUGACAUGCAAUUGCAAAAGCCGCACAAGUCGAGAAGCAGACAGCAUAAAGGAUCAACGAAUAAAUCCUUGAAUCGGUCUAAUUCUUGUGAUUCACAUUCUAAGGGUUCCGUCUCGUCAUCCACGGAAACUCCGAAAGUUGACCUGAGUAAGUUAGAAACUACGGCGUUGUGGAGAUAUUGGCGCCAUUUUAACCUUAAUUCGAGCCCCAACCCUUCUAAGGAACAGUUGAUAGAUGCUGUUCAGCGGCAUUUCACGUCGCAGCAAUUGGAUGAGUUGCAGGUUAUCACGGGGUUCGUGCAAGCCGCUAAGAGGCUGAAGACGGUGUGCAAUUGAUUCAGAAAAAGCGUUCUCUCUCGUUCGAAUACUAACAUAUAUGCUAGUGUCUUGUCUAUGUUAUAUGCGAAACAUUUGCGAUCAAAGAGUUUGGUUGCUGGAACACGACCGAGGCUUCCGUAGUCGGAAUUUUGUGUUAGUAUUGUGAUGUAGAUAAAUAUGUAAUCUUCGGUGAAAAGACCUCGGAGUCUUUAUGGAUUGUCGACAUUAGCUUUAUUGUUUGGAGAAACUUAAUUUUAUAUAUAUAUAUAUAGAGUGAGGCUACUAUGUUAUUGGAA